AUAUACGAACAGGUUUGAAUGUCAAGCAGUUCGUGUUUCUCCCAGCGGCUGUCAAAGGCUUUAUGUGUGAGAUAUGACGUUAAAAACUGUCGUUGUUAUCGGAUUCAGCACGUAUCUCAACGUGUGGUUUUCUUCAGUUGAAGCCGCCUGUGCUACAAGCGGUUCUGAUGUCAUCCAGAUGUGUCAGAGCGGAACAACCUCGGGGAGUAUUCUCUACAUCGACGCCAGCACCACCGUCCAGGGCAAUGAGCUAUGUUCCUGUACCGCUACUCAGUCCAGUGGUGGACAGGUGGAGAUAUAUGCUGUUAGGGGCUCAACCUUCAGUAGCUGUUCAGUACGAGUGAAUGUGUUUAAACAGAUGCCAAGCCAAUACUCCAACAUCUACAGCGUACACUGCCUGCAGGAUAACGCGUACACCGGUAAUGUGGCGGCAAAUACUGAUGUCAUGUACAACAUGACAGGUCCGGGAACCAUCGACGCCUGUGUCAUGACGCGCACCUUUGCCACGGGGUCAACGAUAACAAUAACGUGUUCGCCAAAGAUACAAAUCGCCGCAACGAUUGCGCCAGUACCAACCACACAGAGGCCGACAACACAAGCACCAGUCACACAGGGACCGACGACACAAGCCCCAGUCACACAGGGACCGACGACACAAGCCCCAAUAACACAGGCACCAACAUCUCAAAGACCAGCACAGUCAUCAGCACCUAUUACAGCAGCACCAACCACAAAGGCAUCGACAACACCAACACGGACAACACCGUCGAGAGGACCAUCCAUGCAUGGAACUACAACUACAUCAUCUUUCACACGAGUUCGAACAUCAACAGUAUACAACCCGCCACAGGCAAUCGAGCUAACGACAUUGGGCUGGAUUCUGGGAGUCAUCGGUCUCUUCAUUAUCAUACUGGUCGUAUCCAUUGUGAUGUGGUUCAACAGACAUGCGUUUUGUGGAAGGCACAUCAAACAAGAAACAGAACCACACGAGGUUUACAUAACAUUUGAAGAACGAUCAGAUGAAAAUGAAUAUCAGUCGAUUGACAUUUCCCAGUCGACGUCGGACAGAGUGUAUUACAACGUUCCAGAGGCACUGGCCAACUGAUCUAACUACUUCUUUGGUACCAUGUUGUUAACCUCAUAUUCUGAAGACAAUGGCCGGUUGAGUCGUCAUAUUGUAAAAUAAGAUGUGGCUAUAGAUAAAUCUACAUUAAUCCAUAAACAAUUCUGUGACA